CCCGCUGCAGCGGUCACACUUUAUUGUGCGUCGCGAAAAUAAUUAUUUUUUUCACCCCGUCAAAGUAAUGGAGGCCACAAGGAUCACCGUUAGCGGCAGCAAUGCAGUGCCCGUUACUCUUCCCAAUUCCCCCGCGGUGUCCACAAAUCCCACAGCUGCUGCGAGCACACCAAUACAAGUAGGCGUGUCGCCAUCAACAACAACCACACUAGCAACACCUAGCAUAAUAACAACAACAACAUCCACAAUCGGAAGUACAGCUAACAUUCCAGCUGUAACUUCAACAACACUACGAAAUCCGAUUCAAAAUCUACCGAUUGAACUGCAAAACGAUCAAAAACGAAGAAGUUCGUCUCGGACAAUUAAAAGGAAGCGUUUUGAUGAUGAAAUAGUCGAGUACAACAUUGCAGUGCCCACAAAUCGUAGCGGAACAGAUACCAAUCGCGGUAGCAGACCACGGACCACUUCCCAGAACUAUCCUGCUUUGGUUGGUGUGCCGCACACCACACUAGCACCUUUAAACAUACCCAUUCCCACGCCGGAGACGCCACAAACGCCGGUUUCGGCUGAUUCUCUGCUGCCGGGAACACCCAGUUCAGUUGCUUCUCUCCCCUUGGCCACGCCGACCACUCCUGCUCCUUUAGCUACGCCCCUACCGGUUACCCCAAUUGUUGCGGCUGUAGCGCAUCCUAAGCCACCAGCUAUGGAGCGUUCUUCGACCAGCGAACGGCGCUCGCGGCCUGUGCGUCCCGCUAGCAAGAAAUCGCAGCGCAGGAACGGUCGUCCCAUGGGUCAGAUGGCCACCAAGGACCUGGGUCGCUGGAAGCCCAUUGAUGACCUGGCCUUGAUUAUUGGCAUACAGCAGACCAACGAUCUGAGGAUUAUCCAUCGCGGUGUAAAGUUCUCCUGCAAGUUUACUCUUCAAGAACUCCAACAGCGUUGGUAUGCCCUGCUGUAUGAGCCUGCAGUUUCCAGGAUUGCCGUGUCCGCCAUGAGAAACCUGCAUCCAGAACUAGUGGAGUCUGUUCAGCGCAAGGCGUUGUACAGCGUGCAGGAAGAGGAUCUUUUGGGAACUAUUAAGAGCUCAGAACAACCCAAGCUGGAGCAGUUCCAGGAGCUCCUAAACAAAAACGCCUCAAUUUUCUACUGCGCCCGCACUGCCAAGUCUCUGCACAACCAUUGGCUUCUUCUUAAGCAAUACAGCCUGUUGCCGGAUCAGACAGUAAAGCCUCUUUACGGCACGGAUCAGCAGCCACUUAGUUUUUCGGAUGCUGAGGAUCAAAUUUUCGAGCAUGACCUUAACGAACAGCGUGACGAAGCUUUGGAGAUGGAGCGAGAUUUGGCAGAUCGUCGCAACAAACGUGAUAUUCGCCUGCUGGAAAACGAGCUGUCGCGCUGGGGCGUUCUAGUGGACUCCGUGCUUAGUCCGACUGCUGCAUCCGAGUUCGACAACCAGACGCUGGCCUGUCUGUGCGGCCGCCAUGUACGCUACCUUAUGCGCUCAAAGGAGAUAACGUUUGGCCGCGAUGCCAAGGAAAGUGGAGCAGUAGAUGUGGACCUGGGACUAGAGGGACCGGCUGCGAAGAUCUCGCGCCGCCAGGGAACGAUAAAAUUGCGCAGCAAUGGCGACUUCUUCAUUGCCAACGAAGGCAAGAGGGCCAUUUUUAUAGACGGCACUCCUUUGCUGACGGGUAAUAAAGCUCGACUAGCUCACAACUGUACUGUGGAAAUCUCGGGGCUGCGCUUCACUUUCCUGGUUAACUAUGAGCUGAUCAACGCCAUUCGCCAGGAAAGCGCAAAGACAUCGAAUCCCCUCAACUAGCUGCGCUUAGAGCGAACUGGAUGCGAUUCUUGAAUGUAUUCUAGUACUUAGUAAUGAGAAAAAAAAGAAUUCUGGAAUAAACAGCAUAUGGACAAUAUGAAUAACCCAUAAA